GCAGAUUGAGCACUUUGGAGCAGUGUUUGGAGUUGUAUUUGUUCUGUGUUUGGGGCAGUGCUUGUGCUGUGUUUGGAGCUGUAUGUGUACUAUGUUUAGGGCAGUGUUUCGUUGCGUUUUGUCUGUGUUUGUCAGUACUAGGGGUCGUGUUUUGCUCCGAGUUGGGCCCUCCCUCCCUUCCGCCCGCUCGAGUCGGGAGCGGGGCGACGUUCCGUUGCCCGGAUACCGGGCGGAACAAAGGGGCGGUUGUCGGGUGUCUGUGCGGCAACGGGCAGCCGAGCCGAGCGAACCGGACCGGACCGGGUGGUAUGGCCGGCAAUUCGGGCACCGACAUCAAAACCCACAACUUCGUAGCGGCCGACAAGCAGUGGUGAGGCCGACCGGGACAUGGCCGGAGGGUGGCCGGGGACAAACAUAAUCAAAUCGGAGACGGAGGCUGCCAAGAAAUGGGCCAACAGAUGGGGAUUUUUGGUGACCCAGCGCAAUCAGAUUGAGGCUGAACAGGAGAAACUGAGAAAUAAAUGCAGACUGCUUACUCCUGAACACCUGAAAGUUCGACCUGCAUCUCCAAUCAGCAAGCACAUCCAGGUGGCUCCAUCUCCUGCUGUACCAAAGACGACACAAGGUUUGAUAGGCUGGAGGUCCGGGGUAGCAGGACUAGAGCUGGAGCGAUAUGGAAGCUCGCGGCAAGGAAAAUGGAGCUUUCUGCAUCAAAUGAACUGGCCAGAAGACAGUAUUGACUAACAGUUCCCCAGUGAGAUAAUCUUCACCAUCACUCAAACUGAUGUGAAAGCUCAGCACUGCUGGUUUUAACUUCGGCUUUGUCACUGCUCUUGGUUGUCCCUAUGGCUUUAAGAUUCUUUUGUUUGAGAACACCUCACAAGAUUUAUAAAGCAUAUGGAAAUAUAUGAAAGAGAAACAUUUUCCAACAUAUGUUUUUUCUCCUCCUAUCUCCACACUUAUCUCCUCCAGUAAACUCCUAUCAUAGAGAAAUGAAUCACUUUCAGUUUUUGGCCAGUAACACUGAGAUACAAUAAUCCUCGUGUGGAGAUGUUUUACUGAUUUAACUAAUAUAACGCUGACUGAAUUAGAAUAAAGGAGGAUGGAGGCCUUUCACAGUCAGUGAGGGCUCUUUAAUCAUUCAGAUUAAUUGACAGUCAGACGCUCCGAGAAUUGUUUAAUAUUUGUAUGGCAUUAUGGUACUUAGAAAGUGUAGUUCAACUUCACAAUAAAUUGCUCUUCUACAAAAGUGAUUUCU